AUGUCUGGCAGGAAGCUAGGGGGCGGCAGGAUCUUGGGGAGCGGAAAGGGUCUCGCUCCGCCGGCGCCGCCCCCACCGCAGCCACAGCAGUAUCAUCAUCAUGGUUCUGCGAGAGCGCCGAGCCCCUUUGCUGCCUCCGAAGUCAGCAGCAUAUCGUCAGGCUCGCACAACCAAAAUACAAUCACACCGCCCACCUCAUCCAGUCCUCUACCCGACUUCUCACAAGAUCUUGCUGCCAACAUUAGUCUCGAUGCGCCGUCGCCGUCGAAUGCUGGAGCCGCUGGGCUGGUGUGUCCGAUAUGCCAGGAGGAGAUGUUGACUCUCCUCCAACUCAACAGGCAUAUCGACGACAUGCACCAGGAGCUACCGCAAGUACAACACGACGAGGUCAUGACAUGGAUUGACAAGCAGGUCCUCAAGGCAAAGAAACUACAGCCACUGUCCCUUCUCAGCCAGAAACUCCGGGGCCUCGAAGUAUUUGAGUCGAACGAAGAUCCAAUAAUCAACAACCAUGUGCAAUCCUCGGCCUAUCCUUCGUCAUCAUCUAAUUCUACGGUACCCCGGGUGGUAGAACCAUCCGUCAUAGAUCCCGACGACCUGAUCACGAAGAAGCAUUGGCAGAGGUCGACAGGAGGAGAUUCGUGCACGGAAUUGACCUGCGAUCGUCGGCUUGGUCCGUUGAGCGGAAGCAUCAACUGUCGAAAAUGCGGGCUGCUAUUUUGCGAGGAGCACACGAUGUACCAAAUGCGGCUGAGCCCCCGUACGGCCACACACGAUCCAGCAAGGGGGCACUGGUACAGGGUUUGCGAGACUUGUUACAAAUCAAGAGAAGGUUACAAUGACCACAACGGGCUGAUCACGGACCACACGGCGGCAUUUGUGGCCAUGCGGAAACAGCGCGUGGAAAGGCAGAACCUGGAGAUCGCAAGGUUGGAGAAGCGGCUGACCAAGCUCACGCAACUACUGGCAAGCCCAAUUGAAGAGGUGGCUGCCCUGACACCCGGAGCAGGCGGCUUGUUGACCUCGCCGAUCGCAACGCUGGCGGGCCAAAAGAGCACGAGGAAGGCGAUAGAGCAGUCGGUAGUGACGUGGGAGGAUGAUGCGUCGGUGGCACGAUGCCCCUUUUGUCAACAGGAGUUUGGGUCAUGGACAUUCAGGAGACACCACUGCCGGAUAUGCGGAAGGGUAGUAUGCGCCGAUCCGCAGACCGGGUGCUCGGCCGAGAUUGGGCUGAACGUGGCUUCUGUGUCACAACGACCCUCACUGAUGCAGCAGAAUUCAUCCACGUACUCAUCUGCUUCGCUGGGACCGUUGAGGUCGACAGCCUUGGAAAAGCGGCUCGACCCAGGUGCAGGGACGCAGGGGCAAAUCAGCGUGGACGUGCGAAUGUGUCGCGACUGUUCUACCACGAUAUUUUCGAAGCGAGAUGUUGCGGCGUCUAUUGCAUACAAGCCGGCAGAUCAGCGCGCAUACGAAAAUCUGCGCCAGUUCGAGCGAGGCAUACGCUCCUUGAUGCCCUCGUUCCAGAGAUCCCUCCUCGCCCUACAACCCCCAGACACUAAUAACCCAAACGCCCCGGAAAAACCACCACCGACGCACGCGCAAAUCCAGGAGGCGGCCAAGAUACGCAAGCGGCUCAUGGACGCCUUUGCAAAGUACAACCUUGCUGCCAAGAGGCUUCGCGACCUGCCUACCGAUAAUCCUGCGCAAAAAAGGUUGCAGUUGGCGGUUCACGCGGCGGCAUCGACAUUUUUACACACGCACAUGCUGCCCCUGAAGAGCGUGCCGCACAUGUUGAGGAGCAGCUCGUCAUCAUCAAAGGCAUCAUCCGCCGGUCAACAGCAUAGGCGCAUGUUGAGCGGGCUGAACCAUGGCAACGGUUUGGCAGGCCAUCUGUCCCCGCUCCGCAACGGGGAAACGCUAGCGGGGGAUGGGGAUGCGUCUAGUGUCGCAGGCAGCGAGGUGAGCACAGCUGCGUCGGCCCUCGAGACGGAGGAGAAGGAGCUCCGAGAGCGGCUGGUCGUGCUGGAGGAGCAGAGGUUUCUGGUGCAGGACAUGGUCAACAAUGCGCGCGGGGCUAGGCGGUUCGAAGAGGUCGGAGCGCUUUCUGGGAACCUGGAGGAGCUGGAUCGAGAGAUUGCGACACUCAAAAGGCAGGUCGCCGGCGUUGAGGAGAAGUGGGAGGGACUGUACGCUACCGGUCAAGGGACUGCAGGUGCGGCGAGGUAG